AGCUGUAACAGAAGAAAUGUUUUUUAAUACCGCAGACUUCAUGUCUCGCCUGUGGUGUAAAGCUGUCACUUUUAAUAGUCGAUUUUAACGUGAUAAUCAAAUUUAAUUAAUUUUCGUUCGUACGCUCAUACCGUACGUACGAAUAUUAGAAUGCCAUAUUUAACCACUUAAAAGACGGUGAUGAGUAAACCGUUACUUCCAUAAAUUAUACUUGUUAAAUAAUAAAUUGGACGAGUCCGCAUAACACACACAGAUGCAUAAAUAAUAUAAUUAUUAUACACAGUACAUAACAUAUUCUAUGAGUUCCUCUGUCUUGUUUGUUAUAAAACUGCCAAUUAAGUUAUUUAGAAAGUUACUUUUCAUUAUUACACACUGCUGGUCUACGAGUCGCUGAUCGCAUGUUCCUCGAAUAAUAUUGCAUUACACCACACACUCAGCUAUGAUCCAAAGAUAUUUUCACUCUUAAUUCGUGUACUUUGUACAAGUAUUCACAAGGCUUAAAAAACAUCCACGAUGUCAGGAAUGUUCGGAUGCCCUAGGGAGGCUGUUCGAGUAAAAGUCAAGAAAUGCGAAGCAAGACAUCAGCCAGAAUAUCGAAAGUUCAGUGUUGAUCCACAAAUAACUUCUAUUGAAGUUCUUCAGAGUAUUUUAAUCAAGGCUUUCGAUAUCAAAGGGGAAUUUACCGUAUCGUACCGAGCCAUUGAUGAUUAUGGCUCAGAAACGUAUCUAUUUUUACUAUCUGACUGGGAUUUGGAUGCAGCAUUCAUAAGCGCAUCUGAACCAUACCUAUAUCUUCAAGUUAACUUGAAACCAUUUGGGGAAACUGGAGACUGCGAGUGUGAUUGGGAACAAAAUGUUCAAGAAGUUACGACGAGACACGAUACAGGUUUUCCUUAUCGAACACCAAAAUUACCUGGACUCAUUAUGAACAAGAUGGAAAGAACCUUGAACAUGGUUCAACGAGCACUAGGAAAUCUAGGUGAAGAUUCACAUCAUACGAUUCAACCCCCUCGACCUCCUCUGACCGACGCUGAGUUUCGUAGAUUUUUAGAUCCUAUCGGACAAGUAACUCGAUCCAAAGAACUACGGGCAGUAAUUUAUUUUGGCGGGAUAGAGCCAAGUCUAAGGAAAGUGGUUUGGAAACAUAUUCUGAACGUUUAUCCUGAUGGUAUGUCUGGAAGAGAACGAAUGGACUACAUGAAACGAAAGGCUCAGGAAUAUCAGAACUUGAGAGAAAGGUGGAGAGCCUUAGUGCAAAAAAAUCUGAACGUCGGGGAUCUGGGAUAUGUGACUGGAAUGGUGAGAAAAGACGUACUGCGAACAGACAGGCAUCACAAGUUCUACGGCGGGUCAGACGAUAACCAAAAUACAGCCAGUUUAUUCAAUAUUUUAACAACUUAUGCACUGAAUCAUCCCAGCGUCAGCUAUUGCCAAGGUAUGAGCGAUCUAGCUUCACCUUUGCUCGUUACAAUGAGAGACGAAGCUCAGGCUUACAUCUGCUUAUGUGCUCUGAUGCAGAGAUUAAAAGACAACUUCAUGCUCGAUGGUAUAGCUAUGACCACAAAAUUCGCCCACUUAGCUGAAGGUCUGCAGCAUUACGAUCCUGACUUUUAUGCUUAUUUGAAGUUGCACCAGGCAGACGACCUGCUCUUUUGCUACCGCUGGUUGUUAUUAGAAAUGAAACGAGAAUUUGCUUUGGAAGAUGCUUUGAGAAUGCUCGAAGUCCUUUGGGCUGCUCUACCAGCAUCCCCACCGAACGGGGAACUUUCCCUAGCCGAAGUUUCGUUUCCUCCGGCAUCUCCACCUCCGAGUCCGAACGUUAAACAAAUAAGAGAGAAUGCCUACACUAAAGUUUGCGCUAUAAGGCGCCAGAGUUCCUCAGCAAGUAUUGCAAGUGGCAAAAGGAGAAAUCUGAGCGCGGACGAACCUCCUUUAGAAACAACUAGUGAAAAUGGAGAAUUGAAGAGAUCUACGUCGCCUUACGAAGCAUUCUCUGAACCUGAAUACGAUUUGACCUCUGUAAAAAACAGAAAGAACGCGUCUGGUGAGAAGUACAUGAGCACAGAUUGUCUACCGAAUAAAACAAAGCGAGGUAACUUGCUAGAAUUGAAGGAAAAAUUGUCCGUAGUGAAUAAAGAGAAGAAUGAACAGGGUGAUGGUGAAAAAAAGUGCGCCAGGGUUGUUAAAAACCUCAACGAAUUCCUAAACUUUACAACACUAAACAAGAGCAAAGUAACUCCAAGUGACGAAAGGGAGUUGAGAAGAGUUUCCAGCGAAAGCGGGGUGGUCAGAGUCGUCAGGGAUGAAACAAGCUCUCCUGAUGAUUCCACUGAUUUUUUUCCCAUGACAACUUCCAUGACUAGAGAAUUGAGACUGGAAUUAGAAUCGCUAGAUCGCCAAGUAUUUGGUCCCUCUCCUUUGAGCGAACAACAGUGCGACUGUGUUCUGUCAAAAAGGGAAAGUGAAAUAGUAGAAAGUGAGACAGAAACUGAAGUAGCCAGAUGCAGCCCUGCCGCUGAUGUUUUUGUCUGGGAAAAUCCGUUGCACUCUUUGCAGCAACGUCAUCAUCCUACUACCCCUGAUGAACAAGCUGACUUAGAGUACGAUGGGGAGAUUUUAGAGGAUCAGAAUGGCGUGAAAUCAGUGACACCGAUCAGACUUCUGAAACGUGCAACAAGGUCGGAGUCAGCAUCAGACAGCGAAGGGACGGACAGCUGGAGGCAAAACGAUAAUACAACGACGCAAGAUGUUCUACCUCCACCGAUUCAAGAGCACUGCGAAGAAGCGACCGAGUUAACGAAUCUAAUACCAGCAGGAACUAGUGAGGAUCAAUUGGGAACCAGUUCUUUGCCACCUCCUAGUGAAUUCGGUGGUGGAAAUCCAUUUCUCAUGUUUCUGUGCAUAACACUGUUACUCCAACACCGUGAUUUUGUAAUGCGUAAUCAAAUGGAUUAUAACGAGAUGGCUAUGCAUUUUGACAAGAUGGUCAGACGGCAUAACGUGGCAAGAGUAUUAAAUCAAGCUAGACAAUUAUUUGCUGGUUAUUUGAGAAGACAUUCAGCAAGUGGAAGACAAGAUUACGUUAAUGUUUAAAAAUAAAAAAUGAUUUCGGUGAUAAUUAUAAACAGGUAUUAAAAAGCGAGGCAAACGGGUUCUCAAGCUUGAUAUCGUCGUAAGAAUUAUUACAUAUUCAAUGUUCUUACAUAUGUACUUAAUUUUCAUUCAACUGCGUAUGUAAUUAAUCCAUGAAUCAUCAACUCAAAUUUCAUGUUCAGUAGUUUAGUUGAAAGGUGUAAAUUUUCAUACGAAACUAAGGUUCGUAGAGGCAGAACAUCACGCGGAGCGCCUAUCCUUUCACUACAUCGUUUUAAAUUUUGACCUAAAUAUAUAUAAACAUACAACUAUAUUUUGAAAAUUAUAUUCAAGAAAUUUACCUAAUCACAAAUAAUAUCGAUUACAAUUACAUUUUGCCGUCAGCUUUGGUUAUAUUGAAUAAAUUUUUUACGUUGAGUUUGUAAGAUAUUUAUUAGAAGAUGCUAUCGUAACUUUAUCUUACGCAAAAAAAAAAAAAGGAAAAAACUGUGCAUGCAGACAAUAAAUUGCAUUGAAAUUUCAUUUAUUUCGCGUAGCACUAGACCAAUAAUGUAAAUACUUACGCGUACACAAUAAAUUACAAACUUUCCUCUGCUAUAAAUAAAAUCAAUUCAAAGAUA